AUGGACGACGAUGAGCUGCAGCGCAUCUACACGUGGGUGGACGAGGUGCCGCUCUCGCGCCCCAAGCGCAACAUUGCUCGCGAUUUUGCCGACGGCGUGCUCACGGCGGAGAUAGUGCACCACUACUUUCCGCGGAUCGUCGAGGUCCACAACUACCCGAGUGCCAACUCGUACGCGCAGAAAAUGUACAACUGGCAGACGCUGAACGCGCGGGUCUUCAAAAAGAUGGGGUGGCAGCUGCGCCAGGAGGAGCUCGACGCCAUCUGCAGCUGCCAGCCGCAGGCGGUGGAGCGGAUGCUCAAGCAGCUGCAGGUGCGCCUCUCGAAGUACGGGUCGCGCAGCAAGGAGGAGGAGGCGGCGCCGCAGCGACCGCACGCGCAGGCGACGCCCCGGUCCGCUGCGGCGCCGCCGCGGAGGGUCGGCGGCCUCGCGGGAGGCGCGCAGGUCGGGCUGCGCGACGGCGCGGUGCAAGAGCUGCUCGCGGAGAAGGACCAAAACAUCAGUGAGCUGCGCGAGACGGUCGAGAUCCUCGAGAUCAAGAUCCAGAAGCUGGAGCAGCUGGUGAGGCUCAAGGACUCGAAGAUCGCGACGCUGCAGGGGAAGCUACAGAAGUACGAGCCGUGA